GUCAGUUAAUUGUCAACGUCAUCAUUCGUAAACAUUGGUAAUCUAUUUUUUGAAAAUUAUAUACUGACAAUUUUAGUUUUUAUCGAACGGGAUGUAUCAUAUUAGUUUUUAAAAUGUCAAAGAAUGAGUUAUUAACCAAGCUACUUCCAAACGAAUCUUUAGAGACUUUAGAAUAUAACAACUUUGUCCAUGAUUAUCUGACGAAACUAGGAUCCUAUAAAAUCAAAGAUUUAACUUCCGAACCGGACAAACUAAAACAAGAGGCCUCUAUUUUGCAAGAGCAAAUUCAAGAACUUGCAAUUACAAAUUAUAAAACAUUUAUAGAGACUGCAUUAUGUUCUAAAGAUCUUUUUACUAAAUUUAGUGUAAUAGAAGAAAAAGUUAACGAUCUUCUUAAGGGAGUUCCAAUAUUUGAAGAAAAAUGUGAAAACUUUGGAAAAGUAUCCAGUGAAAUAAAUUCCUUACGUAGAAUAGAUUCUAUUACUUUAUCGAAAAGUGCUCAAAUUCUUGAAAUACUUGAGAUACCACAAUUGAUGGACUCAUUUAUUAGAGAUGGACUAUAUGAAGAUGCUCUGGAACUGUGCAACUAUGUACGAAAAUUAUAUUCUAAGCAUUCUGAUGUAGCUAUUUUCAAAAAUAUUAAUGAUGAUGUUAACAAAGCCUGGAUUCUUUUGCUCCAUCAGUUAUUGUCACAACUGCGCCAGGACAUAUCAUUACCCAAAUGCUUACAGAUUGUAGGGCAUUUAAGACGAAUGGAAUUAUUCACAGAACCCGAACUCAGGCUUAAAUUCCUCCAAGCAAGAACAUGUUGGUUAGAGCAGCAGCUGAAUAAUUUAAGUAAAGAUGACCCAAUGGUCCAUUUGACGAAAACUGUAGAAAUUACUAGGAUCAAUUUGUUUAAUAUUUUAACUCAAUAUACUGCCAUUUUUAAUGAUGAUGAACACAGUCCACUUAUAGGAUCAACAAAUAAAACAAUCAAUCAGACAAUUAUAUUUAAAAGUUGGUUACAACAUAGAAUUUCGAUUUUUAUUCAAAAACUUGAUAUUUUGUUAAAUGAGGUAACUACUUUGGAAAUGAUUAUUGAUCAAUGUAUGUACUUUGGUCAUUCCUUCAGUAAAGUGGGAUGCGAUUUCAGACCGUUACUUCUUCCAAUAUUCACCAAGCACAUACAUAAAAAUUUUAUGAAUUAUAUUAUAAAAGCUGAUCAAGAUUUUAUGAGAAGCAUUGAAACAUUCACUUUGAUUGAUAAAACGAAUCCUUCCCUACCUUGGAAACUCGCAAAGGAAGAUAGUAUAAGGCCCCCAGAUAAUUUAUUAGAAUUCUACCCAUUAGCAGAAUAUCUUAAUAACAUUUUAAAUGCUUUAAAUCAGUUAAGAUUGUGUCCACCUAUAGCUUUGAUCGAUGAAGUCGUAGAAAAUCUUCAAACUUCUAUGACCCUUAUCGCUAAAGGUCUCCAGAAACUUUAUAGUCAAGAGCAGCAAGCUUUUUCUGCAAAUUCUAGGGAUGCUUUUACUAGACUUUGUAUGUGUUUUUCAGAUGAUCUAGUGCCUUUCGUGCAAAAGUGUAUUCACAUUAUAUAUCCGCCAAGUCAUAUAGCCUCAAAAUUAGGUAUUAGUGUAAAAAUUUUACAGGAAGAAGGUAUAACGUUCUUAAAUAAAGAAGAUAUUAUCAUGCCGAUUAGUAAUUUGUUACCAUUGAAAAUAGAACCAACUGAAAUCGCUUCAGCUACCUUACCAGUUGAAGAACAAUCCAUUGUACCUGCUAAAAUAGAUAUUAAUGUUGAUAAAGUUAAAGAUUAAGAAAACGUGA